AUGGAGGCGAGCGCGGCGGCCGGCGAAGCUGGCAAGGCGGAUGGCGGACGUGGGCACUGGGGCAACGUGGUGCAGCUGGCCCCGGGACGACAGACAGCCAACCCGUUCUUUUCUUCCACGGGCCGCGGUGCCCCUUCUGCCAACCCGCCGGAGGCGCGCCGCCUUCCUGACCCUACGCUGCUCCGCCUUCCCAUCUCCGCCAGCGUCCCUACACCGAGACCUGGCCCCGAGCUUCCAGCGCCGCGUCUCCGACCAGGAACUGCGGGCGGCACCUCAAAACCCCAAAUCACGGCACUAACCGUCGGUCGACAGGAGCACCACUCUCCUCAAAUCACUGGAGCUGCAGAUGAAUCAUCAGCAUCUGCAACAAGAAUAUGUGCUUGCAUGGUUAACUCCCUGCUGACAAUCUGCACAAGUCUUUUGUUUUUUGAAGAGGUUUCUAAAUGUAUUACGACUGGACAGAGUUUGCCAAGCACAUUUCCUGCAUAUUCUGCUGGUUCUGGACGUUCAAACUGUACUGGCGCUGUGGUGCAUCACAUGUACUCCAAACAUCUUCAGGCUGCACUCCGUUGGAGCUUAUUGGUGGCCUUCCAAGAGUUCAGAGUGGACUUUCAGCUCUUUGGCAAAAUUUUCUUCUAUAUUACACAAAAAUCUCUUGACCGCAACAGUACUUCCAUCUUCAAGGUGACCUAUUUACUGUCGAAACCAUUGAUGUGUUCAACAUAUAGAUCAAGAGAAUGCAAGCGCUUCCAUGAACAUAUUCUCAAGCACAAAUUGCCAUGGAGUGGAUCUGGAAGAGGAGGAAGAGAUGGUCAACUGGGGAGACUUAUUUGUGAAGGUUGAGGGGUAGCCAUGCUUAUGCUUUUCAUCGGCAUAACUCCAUGUAUGGUCUUAUUGUCUCAACAGAUUGAUGAAUUGUAAAGUCCAUGUUGCUAAACAAUAUUCGAGAGAAGCCUGUUUAAUCCCUAUUGGCUUUGGAGCA